AUGUCGAGCUUAGUAAUUGGAAAGUCGCUCCCUUCCUUGUCGGGAAGGAGUCUUGGAUUUGCUAUUCGAGGAAUGACAUAUGAAGUAGCUAUUGCCCUUCGAGCCUCUUCUAGUACUCCCCUUUCUUUGGAGAGAACACAAGCUACGCUGUCAAAGAGGAAAAUUAUUGAAGAGGAUUCUGAGGAUGAUGAAGAUGAAGACACCUCUUUGAUGGCUAGGCCUAGAGCCAGGAGACGCAUCAUUUCUGAAGAUGAAGCUGAAAUUUCUUCUGCCCGUGCCUCCUCUCUUACCGAACCUGUUACUGUUGUUUCUGAUGAUGAAACCAUUCCAAGGGACACCAUUGAAUCCACUCAACGUCUCUUCGUUGACGGUUUCGAAAGUGGUGAACUAGGUCCGGUUUUAGAUGAAGUUCCUCUUUCCUCCUCCAUUCCCAUUCCUUCUAUUCCUCCUUUGGUUUCAAGUGCUUCCUUGCCUAUUUUAUCUGUUCCUACUCCUUUGCCAAUUUCUGCUCCCUUACCUGUUUCGACUCCUUCGACUCCUGUUAUUUUCACCUCUUCUACCGUUCCUCCUUCUAUAGCUCCCCCUUCCUCUGUUCAGCAUGCAGAGGAGGGUUCCAGUAGCAGAAGUUUGGCUAUGAGGAGUGUCACACUUGAGGCUUCUUCUAGUAAAGCUGAGAAGGAUAAGGAGCGCCUUGAAUGUUCAUUUUCAGAACAAUUAUCAAAGUCAAGUGAAGAAAUCAGAGAACUUAAGGCACUUUUGGCCAAGAAAGAAGAGUAUGCAGGGGAGUUAGUGCAAAACUUGACUCAAGUUCAAGCUGAUUUAAAUAUCUCUUCUGAUAAGGUACGUGCCUUAGAGAGUUCUCAUGCCUCCCUUGAAGCUUCCCUUGAUUCCUCUUUAGCUGAAAAUCAAGUGUUAAAGAAUGAUCUUGCUAUGUGGGAAAAAGAGUAUGAACUUCUUGAGGAGAAUUUUAACAUAGAGUCGGAAUUGGCCAAAGUUUUGAAAACCAUUGAGAUGACCCAACAACCACUUGACUUUCCUUCUCCGGCAAAUGAAGCUCCCGUGGCUGAAGAACCUUUAAAUGAAGAAGCCGUUGCUGCGUUUGUGGAAGCUGAAACUUCCGUGACUCUUGCUCCCCUCGAUGAACUUAGCACUUCAAUCCCAGCUGGAACCGCUCCUGUUGCUGCUUCUUCAGAAGUUACCACCGUACCUAUAGCUGUUCAUGAAAGUGAAGCUAAUAUAACAACUUCUGGCAUUCCAGCCCCUCAGUGA